AUGAAGCGUGAUAUGUCGAUGACAUUUGUUCUCAAUAAAAUCGACCGAUUGAUCCUUGAACUUCGCUUACCGCCGCUAGACACCUACUUGAAGCUACAGUACAUCGUUGACGAUGUGCUAUCAUUCAUAGAGGAAAAUGAGUUCUACUCGGCAUAUUCACACAAGUUUGAAAUGAGUCCUGCUUCCGGUCAUUUCUUGUUUGCUUCGGCAACCUACUGUUUCUGCUUCUCCUUGGAAACAUUUGGGUCUCUCUACGCCAAAAAUCACGAAAAUCUCGAUGUCGCUGACUUUUCUGAAAAGUUGUGGGGUGAUUGGUACUAUGAUUCUACCACGAACAAUCUCACUUCAAAACCACACCAAAGGUUGGAACGUACAUUUGUCAAGUUGGUCUUGGGGCCAGUGUACAAAUUGUUCACUGCUAGUUUGACUUCAAACUCAGCUGGUGAAAGCAUUGCGUCUCUCCUUUGGCUGAACUUUGGUAUUCAACUAGACAAGUCAAAGUACAAGCAGGACGUGCAAAUCCUACUCAAGGAUGUCUUUCACACCACCAUUGGCACAGCGUCCUUUGUAGAUCUGGUGUCUAUUUGCAUUGUCUCUCCUAAGAAAAUACCUACUCGCCAGACCAACAGUCCGAUUUUAACGCAUAUUGUCAAACUAAUUGAACAUGCUGAUGGGCUGGGGUUCGACUCCUUGGUCAGAAUAGUCAAGGGAACAUUGACCAAGGGCCAGAAAGUGACUGUGUAUGGAGACAAUUAUGUGGAAGACGAUGAAAAUUAUAGAAGUGAAAUCAUAGAUGCCAUACUUGUGCCAGGAGGAAGGUAUAACUUUGAGGUGGAAGAAGCAGGUGAAGGGUCUAUUGUUCUAGUCAAAGGAAUCGACUCCAUAAUUUCCAAAUCAGGCACCUUGGCUCUUUCAGAUGACUACAUUUUUCCGAGCCAAAGCUAUUCAAAAAAUUCUGUGUUCAAGGUGGCUAUCGAGCCGUUUGUUCCUAACGAUUUACCAAAGAUGUUGGAUGGGCUCAGAAAGGUCAGCAAGUCGUAUCUCGCUUGCUCUGUCAAAGUGGAAGACAGUGGAGAACACUUGGUAUUUGGAAGUGGAGAGCUUUAUUUGGACUGCGUUCUACAUGAUCUUCGGAACUUUUUCACGGACGACUUGGAGAUCAAAGUCAGCGAUCCAAUGCCCAAAUUUAGUGAAACCUGUAGCGAAACUUCGUUUACGGUGAUUUCGACUCAAUCUGGGGAGAACUCCAUUUCCGUCAUUGCUGAACCGGUAAAUGAUACAAAGUUGAGUCUUGCAAUCGAGAAUGGUAAGAUCAAUUUGAACGAAGACAUAAAGACUCUUUCGAAAAAGUUGAGACUUGAGUACGGAUGGGAUGCCCUUGCUUCGCGAUCAGUAUGGUGCUUCGGUCCCGAUGAUAUCCAGAGUCCCAGUAUAUUAUUGGACGACACUUUGGAAGCUGAAACCGAUAAGAAGUUGCUCUACUCAGCGAAACCUCAUAUUAAUCUCGGUUUCAAAUGGUCAGUGAAUGAAGGACCAUUGUGUGAUGAACCUAUACGAAAUACCAAGUUCAAAAUUCUCGAUGCCACAAUCAGUGGAGCAGAAAUCAGCCGUGGAGGUGCUCGUUUAAUUCCUCUCAGUCGCAAAGCAUGCUAUACUGGAUUUUUAACCGCUUCUCCUCGACUCAUGGAACCUUAUUAUCGUGUUCAUGGAACAUGUCCUCACCGAGCAAUUGCUGUGUUCACAGCACUUUUGGGCAAGAGAAGAGGGUACUUGGAAAGCGAAACUCCAAUUCCAGGAACUGGUUUAUUUCAAGUUGUAGGACUUGUACCAGUAAUUGAAGCGGUUGGACUUGAAACUGAAAUAAGACUCAACACCCAAGGCCAAGCCAUGUGCUUUUUGGUGUUUGACCUGUGGAACAUAGUACCUGGAGAUCCCUUGGAUGAAACGGUUCCAUUGCCUACCAUGAAACCGGUUCCUGAUGAAUCUUUGGCAAGAGACUUUGUCCUCAAGACAAGACGAAGAAAAGGGUUGAGUGGAGAGCCCAGUCUUCAAAAAUAUGUUGACCAAGACCUCUAUCAUAGUCUUAAACAUAAUGGUUUGGUGCCUUAA